CAGAGCUCUUUCUCUCUCUAACGAAGCUUCGUGGAAGCUCACUAUGGCUUCCUACUCCCUCCCUCCAUUUAACCCUCCUUCACACUCCUUGUCUCAGCCAUCACGCCUCAACCCUCUCUCAAUUCAUCUCUAUCAUCGCAUCGUCUCUACGCACUAGCGCUUUUGGACCAUCACCAACACCGAUUACUCCGCCAUGAAGCUCGCCAAAAUCCACAAGCUCUUCAAGACCCGGAAAUCCCCUUCCGUCUCCAGAUCCGACACCGAUCCGCCCUCCUUCAGCUCUCAGGCGACGUCUUCUUCCUCCUCCUCGUCGGAGGACGUGUUUAAGAAGCCGAUCGGCUCCACCACGCCCAACAGCGUGCUCCCCUCCGACCUUCACCUGGACCUGAAACAGGCCUUCCAGAUGAUCGAUCGCGACGGCGACGGCAAAAUCGAGAAGGGGGAGCUCGAGCGGCUCCUGCGCCGGAUCGGGGCCGAGCCGCCGAGCCAGGAGGAGCUGAAGCUCAUGCUGAACGAGGUGGACAGCGACGGCGACGGUUGCAUCAGCCUCGACGAAUUCUACGCAAUCAGCUCGCCAGCGUGUGACGGCGAGAUGAGAGAAACGUUCGACUUCUUCGAUUCGGAUCGCGACGGGAGGAUCACGGCGGAGGAGCUCCUGGAGGUUUUUAAGACGAUCGGCGACGCGGGGUGCACGUUAGAGGAGUGCCGGCGCAUGAUAAGAGGGGUAGAUAGAAACGGGGAUGGGUUCGUGUGCUUCCAGGACUUUACUAGAAUGAUGGACGUGCAGCAAGUAUGAUUAUUCAAAUUUUUCAUAUAUAAAUAUAUAAUCCUCUUUUUUCAUUUUACCACUUCUUUCCGGGAAACAAAAGAAAAGAAAUUCGUACUCCAUGAAUUUGCUGCUAUAGAUCUUCAGUCUUCUAUUUUCA